AAUCGUUUGCAAUCCUCUGAAUAAGCGAGUACUGGAAAUCCAGCAGCGCAAAAGUUUUAAAAAUUAUAUCAAAUAUGAAGAUGUUCGUUGUUGUUUCGUCCCUGUUGGCCGUUGCUUCGGCUUCGACCAGCUUUUUGGCGCCAAGAUUGUACGGAUACGCUCCAGCCACUGCCUACUAUGCAGCUCCGGCAGAACUAUCCAGCCAGUACCACGCCCAGGACAGCCUCGGACAAUACUCAUAUGGAUACAACGGAGGACUUUCGGCUAAGGCUGAGACUAAGUCGCUCGAUGGUGUGACCCGUGGAUCGUACAGCUACCUGGAUGCCGAAAACAUGUUGCAGACCGUGACUUACACUGCCGACGCCGUCAAUGGAUUCCGUGCUCAGGCUAGCAACCUCCCACAGGCUCCAGUCGAAACGCGCAUGGCUCCAGAACCAGUUCAAGACACACCCGAAGUUGCCCAGGCUAAGGCUGACCACAUGGUUGCCAUUGAGGAAGCUAAGCUGCGUAAUGCUGCCACUGCUAGCAACAACUACGAAGACAGUUCCGUUGUGGUAAGCGCUGCUCCAGCUGCCGCCAUUGCCGCUCCAAUCACCACCUACGCUGCCGUUUCUCCAAUUGCCCUGGCUCCAGCUUCGGGAUUCUCUUACUCCCAUUCCACCUUGAACCUGAAGAAGGAACCAUUGGCCAUCGCCACCUACGCCACUCAAGCCCCAGUCGCAGCUAUUGCCCCAGCUCAUUUCUCCUAUGCUACCUACAGUGAUGCGGCUCCGGCUGUCGCACUGAAGUCCUACUCCCUGCCAGCCUCCUACGCUUGGAACCACGCCCCAGCUUACGCUUACAGCUAUGGAGCUCCAGCUUUCUACAGCAGCAACCUGUAUGCCGCUGGAGAGCUGCCACAGCCAGUUCAGGACACCCCUGAAGUCGCCCAAGCUAAGGCUGAACACUUCCAGGCCGUCGCCGAAGCUAAGGCCCGUGCUCUGAACUAAACGCUGAUCCGGUACUGACCGCACUGA